AUGUGCCGAAGAUGGACUUGCCGAAGCCCGGGGAGUCGCUCUUUGGAAAGCCCAGCAAGAACAAGCCCCUCGUCUUCCAUUCUUCAGGCGAAAGCUGAUCCAGCGCCUGCACCUGCCGCGCCCCAACGUUCGAGUCCUUCGACAGGGGGUGCCUCAGCCUACGAAGCACAGAAAGAGAAGAUGGAGGCUGAUCAACUGGAACGCUUGCAAAAGCUGGAGAGGGAGCAUCAGGACAAGCUGCGACAGAUGCAGGCUGACUUCGAGACCCGUCGCGAGGAACGCACGCAGCAGCUCCGCCAAGAGCUCGAGAGGAAAAGCAAGGCCGAGGCCGAGCGGCAGGUGGAUGAGAAGAUGAAGAUGCUGCGAGAGCAGCUGGAGUACGAGAAGCGCAGCAAGCUCGAGAGGGAUGUGGAAGAUCGGAUGAGACCAUCAGCUGCGGCCAUGGAACGCGAAGCUAGGGCAAAGAUGGAGAAGGAGGCGGAAGAAAAGGCUCAAGCGUUACUUCCGCAGUUCGAGAGCGAGGCGAAGGAGAAGCUCCAGAGGGAAGCGAUGUCCAAGGCUGAGGCAACCGUGCGGGUGGAAGAAGCAAAGCUGGAGGAAGAAGCUCGGGCCAAAAUCAUCCAAGAAAUAGAGGAGAGAGUCAGGAGAGAGGUGCCAGUCUUGGAGCAACAAGCACGUGAUGCGCUUCAGAAGGAGGCCAACGAGGCCGUGGCCUUGGAGCGACCGACACUGGAGCAGGCGGCACGCGAGAAGUUGACCAUGGAGGCGGAGGAGAAGAUACGCCUGUCGCAAGCCGCAGCCAUCGAACGCGAGGUUCGACAGAAACUUCUGGCCGAAAUGGAAACACAACUUAGGGGAAAUGCCGACUUGGAAGAGGAAGCUCGCGGGCGGGUGGCUAAAACUGCCACGCCUGGGCCAGCCAUGCCACCAGCUGCGCCACCAGCCGGGCCACCGGCCGUGCCACCGGCCGUGCCGGCGGCUCCGCGUCUUCCCACGCCAGCAGUGCCCAACAGCGUCAAGGUGCAUCUUCAGAUAUCGCAGGUGAAAGCGAGCAUGGAGAAGGAGAUCCGCGAACGCUUGCAGACCGAGAACUUCGAGGCAGAGGUCAAAGUGCGUUUGGAAGAGGAGAUUCGUGCCCGAUUGCAUGCAAAUGUGGAGGCCGAUGCUGAGCGGUCCUUUGGUGCCACCUUUGAGGCGAAGCGUCAGAGCUUGGAGGCGGAGUUCGCGCGGAAGGAGUUGCAGCUCCGAGAAGAGCAGGAAGCUCACCUGAAGAAACUGAAGGAGUCCAUGCCGGAAGGUGGUGCGGAUGGUUCGCAUGAACUUCAGGAGCCUCGCGAGGGUGUGACAGG